GUCUUGUGUCUGGCACAUGCUAUGCGGUAACAACUGGAAGCUAAGGAAAGCGUAUGUAGCUGCUGAAGAGUUAAGGUUAUUCUUUGAAGAUGUCAAAAGUUUGUGCCAUUUUUGGAGGAUCUCGGGGAAUUGGACAGGCUACUGCACAGCUACUGGCACAGAAAGGAUAUUGUCUGGCUGUUAUUGCAAGGAAUUUGGACAUUGCUCAAACCACUGCAAAAAACCUGGGAGCAGGUCAUCUAGCAUUUAGUUGUGAUGUUUCCAAAGAAGAAGAUGUUCAAAAUACGUUUAGCCAAAUGGAAAAGAGUUUAGGUUCUGUAAACUACCUGGUUAAUGCUGCAGGUGUCAACAGGGAUGGCUUGUUGUUGCGAACCAAGGCGGAUGAAAUGCUAUCCCAGUUUCACACUAAUCUUUUGGGAACCAUGUUGACCUGCAAAGCUGCCGUGAAGAGUAUGAUUCAACAGCAGGGCGGCGUGAUUGUUAACGUAGGAAGUAUCGUUGGACUGAAGGGUAAUUCCGGUCAGUCUGUAUACAGUGCCAGCAAAGCUGGGUUAGUUGGAUUUUCUCAGUCUCUCGCUAAAGAAGUAGCAAGAAAGAACAUUCGAGUCAACGUGAUUGCUCCCGGUUUCAUCCAUACGGAUAUGACAGCACAUUUGAAAGAAGAGCAGUUGAGGAAAACUAUUCCUCUUGGAAGGUUUGGGGAACCGCAAGAAAUUGCCAAAGCAAUCGUAUUUCUUCUGGAGUCUCCUUACAUAACAGGACAUGUGCUGGUUGUCGAUGGAGGUUUGCAGCUCAUGAUUUAAAAUUUCUAACAGCACAGUUUUGAAUCUGGGGAGAAUAAUUCAGCCACCAGGCUAUGUGGAGGAUGUUACAAAGUAGUACAAAUUGUUGGUAGUCUGGAAAACUUUAAAUUAUGGGCUUAUAUUGCUAUUUGUAUGUAGAGAAGAAAAUUCUGUCUGUAUGACACCGAAUGAAAAAUAUGUGACUCCUGUAUUCUGUGUAUGUGCAAAUGUUAAGAGAGACACUGAGGAUUGUAUUUUGGAGAGUUAGUAUGCGGACAUUCUAAAUGAAACUGUCUAUUUUAAAUUCUGUUUGCAUAAAGGUAUGGCAUUUUAUUCACAACUAUGUCAUAGCAAAGUCCAUGUGUUCCAUUCAGAAAA